CUUCCCCUUCGAACUCUUCUUCCAUUGAAGUUACCGACCCUAGGUGAUGGCUACUAAGAAGAAGUUUCCCAGAUUAUAAGUCAAGUUCCCAUCAUCCAUUGGUGACUGUAAUGAGAGAGAAAAAGAAGAUCUUGACGACUACGGCAGCAGCAGCUUCAGUCUAGUCGCUUAAAAAAUCAACCUUGACGAUUACCCAUCUGAGGAUCUUGAUCGAAUUUCACAUCCCAGUUUGAUUUCUCUCGCUUUGAAGAUCGGGCAGCAUCCGAUCUUCAACUUUGUUCGUAUUGGAUAUUUGGCAGAAACCCUAGUAGUGAUUCCUGGUCUUUUGCCUAGAUGGGUGUUGUUUACCACUUUUUAUGCUAGAACAAAAAUCAGCUCAAUCGCAGUUCACGAGAAUUCGGAUGCUUCAAGAUCACACUACAGAAUCUGAGGUUCUUCUUGCUCAACUGAAUUCAUCUUCUUUUUUUGUUGACUUUUGACUGAUAAAACUGUAUGUACGAAGAUAAGAUAGUAAUUACUUUGAUGAUGCUCUUUUAAAUCGCUGCUGAUUCAAUUCCAUGGCUAUAAGCAAAAAACCCCGAAUCAAAGAGGAGGCUUCUUGUCUCCGUUGUCUCCCUCUGGUGUUCUUCACCUUGCUUAUUGUUGUUCUUCUCAUUUUCCUCCUUCAGACUAGUUCAGUUUCUCAUGUAGCGAUUCGCCACUUAAACCAAAUUGAGGAUGUUUUUGAAUUUCCUGAAAACUGCUCUCAAUUUGGAAAGAACCCCAAUCUUCCAACUCAGAAUGAACUGUCCAUUUUCUUGGAGAAACAAAAUCAAUUGCCUCCAAGAAACAUGGAUCUUUAUCCAAAUCUAGCAAAGAAUCACAUCACAAUUGUUCUGUACGUCCACAACCGCCCCCAAUACCUCGGGGUUGUGAUCGAGAGCCUUUCUCGAGUCAUCGGUAUUAGCGAAACACUACUCAUAGUUAGUCACGAUGGAUAUUUCAAAGAGAUGAACAAGAUUGUGAACGCAAUACGAUUUUGUCAAGUAAAGCAGAUAUUUGCACCUUACUCUCCCCAUCUAUUUAACAAUACAUUUCCCAGCACUUCAAGAAAAGACUGCAAGGACAAAGAAGAUUCCCUUAAAAACCACUGCAGAGGAAAUCCAGAUCAAUAUGGAAACCAUAGAUCCCCAAACAUAGUUUCGUUAAAGCAUCAUUGGUGGUGGAUGAUGAACACUGUUUGGGACGGUUUGCAGGAGACACGUCAGCAUUCUGGCGAUAUCCUUUUCAUAGAGGAAGACCAUUAUAUAUUCCCCAAUGCUUACAGAAACAUUCAAAAGCUAACGGAAUUGAAGCCGAAGAAAUGUCCAAACUGCUAUGCUGCAAAUCUGGCUCCUUCAGAUGUGAAGUCCAGGGGAGAAGACAGGGAGUCUUUGAUUGCUGAGAGAAUGGGGAACGUUGGGUAUGCUUUUAACAGGACGGUUUGGAGGAAGAUUCAUAAGAAGGCAAAGGAAUUCUGUUUCUUCGAUGAUUAUAACUGGGAUAUAACUAUGUGGGUGACUGUUUAUCCUUCGUUUGGUGGCCCGGUUUACAGUAUAAGAGGUCCUAGAACUAGUGCGGUUCAUUUUGGUAAGUGCGGUUUACAUCAGGGGCAGGGAGAGAAGACUUCUUGUAUUGAUAAUGGUAUGGUUAAAAUGGAAGUGGAAGAGAAGGAUAAGAUUGGGAAUAUAAAAUCUGGAUGGGGGGUGCAAGUUCUUACCGAUCAAAAUGGAUACAAAGGUGGUUUUAGAGGUUGGGGCGGAUGGGGAGAUAACAGAGACCAUCAAAUGUGUAUGGAUUUCGCCGAUAUGUAUCAUCAUCAAUAUCAUCGUGAAUCGCAAUAAUAGGUUUUUCUGUGGAUAUUGCUUGAUGACCUUUACCGCUGGUUAGUUUCUAUUUUUUGGAUAUGGCUUUAGUCAUUAUACUUUUGUAACACGUCUAAGAUUUUCUUUAUCAUUAUCCAAUAUGGCCUAUGUAUUUGGAAUAUUGAAGUUUCAAAUGUGUUAAAUGGUUUUGGAAUAUUGCUGCCUCUAAUGUGUUAAAUUAGUUUGGAAACUUGUACAAGAUUUUGGAGAAACAUUGUUGAAUGGCUGGCUGAUGUUU